GUGAGGAAAUUAGAAGCUGUUUUUGCUGUUCUUAUUACAACAAUGGCACUAUCAUUUGCCUGGAUGUUUGCUGGCACAGCACCUAGCAGAAAGGAACUUCUAAUAGGCCAGAAACUUGUUUACUCUGCUGUUCUUUCUUGGCUUUUGGUUAAGUAUCAUUAGAGGUUGCAUCCAUUGACAGAACUGAAUGUUGUCAAUCCUGUUUGCAGGUCUUUUGGUUCCACGGCUUAGCUCCAAAACACUUCAGACAGCCGUGGGAGUUGUGGGUUGUGUCAUAACACCUCACAAUGUAUAUUUGUAUUCUGCCUUGGUACAUACAAGGAAGAUUGACCCUAACAAGAAAGGUCGGGUCCAAGAGGCCCUCAAUUACUACACAAUUGAGUCCGCAAUUGCUGUUUUUGUCUCCUUCAUCAUCAAUUUGCUUGUCACAACUGUCUUUGCAAAGGGAUUCUAUAGCACCAAACAAUCCAGUAGUAUAGGGCUUGUAAAUGCUGGGCAAUAUCUUCAAGGGAGGUAUGGUAAAGGCUAUUUCCCAAUUCUCUAUAUCUGGGGCAUAGGGCUAUUGGCAGCUGGAACAAGUAGCACCAUUACUGGCACUUACGCAGGACAGUUUAUCAUGGAAGGUUUUCUUAACCUUCGUAUGAGGAAAUGGAUGAGGUCAUUGAUCACAAGAAGUUGUGCUAUCCUGCCAACCAUAAUUGUAGCUAUCGUAUUUAACAGAUCGGAAGCUUCAAUAGAUGUUCUGAGUGAAUGGCUUAAUGUACUUCAGGGUAUGCAAAUUCCAUUUGUGCUUAUCCCACUUCUUACAUUGGUGUCCAAUGAGCUGCUCAUGGGGGUUUUUAAGAUUGGAACUGCCAUGAAGGGGACCAUGUGGACCGUGGCUACCUUAGUGGUACUGAUCAAUGGGUACGUUUUGCUGAAUUUCUUCGUUUCUGAGGUUAACGGACUGCUGUUUGGAUUUGUGCUCUGCCUCGGCACUUCUGCGUAUGUGGCAUUUAUCAUAUACCUUAUUACACGAGGUCGUGGCCAGCCUUACACUUGGUUCAGCCACAUACCCGCUCAUGACCUGAGGGACUGAGUCCAUGAAGAUGUUCAUGUUUGCAUGAACAAACUUCAAAAUGUCUUGGUACACAGUCCACCAAAGCCUUGCUGAAUCAAUUUCAGUGCAUAUUGUGAACAAGUAACAAGACUUCUAGCUCAUAGUUCUGUUAGACAUGUAGGUUAUAUUCAUACCGGUUUCUCAUGUGAAACCAUAUAUGAAG